ACGCUUUUUUCAAAACAACUCAAAAUUCAUCCUCUGUUUCUCGUGCGCCAGAAAAUCGAGAGCUGUGCGACUGCGAAUCAUAAAACCUACACAUUUUUUCUCGCCAUUCGUACGAUUUUGGCGGAAGGGAGAGAGAAUCGAAGUUGACAAGUGUUAUUUACUUGAAGAAUGACAAGUUUUUGGGGUCCUGUUACAUCAACUACAGAAUGGUGUGAACAGAAUUAUGUGCACUCUUCUUACAUUGCUGAAUUUUACAACACGAUUUCAAAUAUCCCAAGCAUUGUUUUGGCACUUAUUGGACUUGUGAUUGCAUUAAGUCAACAGUUUGAGAAAAGAUUCAGCAUUCUUCACAUCUCCAAUAUGAUCCUUGCUAUUGGGAGCAUGUUGUUUCAUGCUACACUGCAACGACUGCAACAACAAGGAGAUGAAACACCAAUGGUAUGGGAAAUGCUAUUAUACAUCUACAUCCUCUACUCUCCACAUUGGCAUUACAAAACCACAAUGCCCACUUUUCUCUUCCUCUAUGGUGUCCUUUUUGCAAUCUUUCAUUCCCAAAUUCGUUCCAAUUUUGGUUUCAAAGCUCAUUACAUAACACUUUGUCUUCUUUGCAUCCCGAGAAUGUACAAAUACUACAUUCACACACACGAUAAGAACGCAAAACAUCUAGCAAAACUCUACCUCAUCACUUUAUUCCUUGGCCUUUCAUGUUGGGGUUUUGAUCGGGUUUUUUGUAGGAAGAUUUCUAUUUGGGAGUUUAAUCCACAAGGGCAUGCGUUGUGGCAUGUGUUCAUGGCGUUUAAUUCGUAUUUUGCUAAUGAGUUUUUGAUGUUUUGUCGGGCUCAACAAAGGGGGUGGGACCCACGGGUUGUGUAUUUUAUGGGGGGCUUUCCGUAUGUUAAAAUCGAAAAACCAAAGGCUCAGUGAUUUUGAUAUUGAUUUUUAAUAUUGAAAUAUAAGUUUUGGUAUAGUGUAAA